AUGAAAAGGGAGUUUAAGAUGAGCAUUGUGGGAGAUUUAAACUACUUCCUAGGGCUUCAAGUGAAACAACAGGAACAUGGGAUAUUUAUCUCUCAAGAGAAAUAUGCCAAAAAUCUUGUAAAGAGAUUUGACCUAGACUCUAAGAAACACACUUCCACUCCCAUGAGUUCCUCAGCAAAACUAAGUCAUGAUGCAGCAGGUGUGGAAGUGGAUCCAACACUUUAUCGAAGCAUGAUCGGUAGUUUUCUCUACCUCACUGCUAGUAGACUAGACAUCGCUUUUAGUGUAGGAGUAUGUGCUCGAUUUCAGGCAGCACCCAAAGAGUCACACUUGACAGCAGUCAAACAAAUUAUUCACUACAUAAAUGGCACAUCUAAUUAUGGAAUUUGGUAUUCAAGAGACUCAAAUGAGUGCCUAGCUGGAUUUUCUGAUGCUGACUGGGCCGGGUGCAUUGAUGACAGGAAAAGCACUUCUGGUGGUUGCUUCUACCUUGAAAAUAACCUAUUGUCUUGGAUGAGCAAAAAGCAAAACUCAGUUUCUCUAUCAACGGCUGAAGUUGAGUACAUUGCAGCGGCGAGUUGUUGUGCAUAA